AACAUUAUCUGUGCACAUUGGAAAUGUACGUGCCAGCAUAUUAGCCUGUGCAUAAAGUUUACACCACUGUCGCUGCAGAUCAUCAUCAUCACAUCUCAGAUAUAUGACUGAUCGUGGGACUAGACCUUUAAUUCCCCUGAUUCCUCAUAUGAGCGUCUCGCAUAAUACUCAAGUCAGCUGACUUCAGACGCCAUUUUGUCAGCCAUUUCCUACACUGAUCCAUUGCCAGCGUCUCUGCACAGCACAGGACGCCCCGUCUGGCCUCAGCUUCAUCUGCCCGGGCUUGAUAAACAGCAGCCGAUCCUGCACUGACGGUCCCCGGGUGGAUGAGACACAGUCUAGAGGGUCGCUCGGCUCCCGUUAGACUCCUGGAAGGCGCUUGGCCCCCCGGUACAAGUCACAGGCAGCCAUGGCUUUGAAGAUUGUCAAAGGGAGCAUCGAUCGGAUGUUCGAUAAAAACCUUCAGGAUUUAGUACGUGGCAUUAGGAAUCACAAGGAGGAUGAGGCUAAGUACAUCUCCACAUGCAUCGAUGAGAUCAAACAGGAGCUCAAGCAGGACAACAUCGCCGUCAAAGCCAAUGCUGUGUGCAAGCUCACCUACCUUCAGAUGCUGGGUUAUGAUGUCAGCUGGGCCGCUUUCAACAUCGUUGAAGUCAUGAGCUCCUCCAAGUUCACAUACAAGAGGAUUGGCUACCUGGCAGCCUCGCAGUGCUUUCAUGAGAGCACUGAUGUCAUCAUGUUGACAACCAAUCAGAUCCGAAAGGAUCUCAGCAGUCCGAACCAGUAUGACACAGGUGUCGCUCUGACUGGCCUCUCUUGUUUUGUGACCCCUGACCUGGCUCGGGAUCUGGCUAAUGACAUCAUGACACUGAUGUCUCACACGAAACCCUACAUCAGAAAGAAAGCUGUGCUGAUCAUGUACAAGGUGUUUUUGAAGUACCCAGAGUCCCUGCGGCCUGCUUUCCCCAGGCUCAAGGAGAAACUGGAGGAUCCAGAUCCAGGUGUCCAGUCUGCGGCAGUAAAUGUUAUCUGUGAGCUGGCACGGAGAAAUCCCAAGAACUACCUGUCUCUGGCCCCUCUUUUCUUCAAACUCAUGACAUCCUCUACUAAUAACUGGGUUCUCAUUAAGAUUAUUAAGCUGUUUGGUGCUCUCACACCUCUUGAGCCACGGUUGGGGAAGAAGCUAAUUGAACCUCUGACUAAUCUUAUCCACAGUACCUCUGCAAUGUCACUGCUGUAUGAAUGUGUCAACACUGUUAUUGCAGUGUUGAUUUCCUUGUCCUCUGGGAUGCCUAACCACAGUGCUAGUAUCCAGCUCUGUGUGCAGAAACUGCGAAUCCUGAUAGAAGACUCGGACCAGAACUUGAAGUACCUGGGCCUGCUGGCCAUGUCAAAGAUCCUGAAGACCCACCCAAAGUCAGUGCAGUCUCAUAAAGACCUCAUCCUUCAGUGUCUGGAUGACAAGGACGAGUCCAUCCGCCUGAGAGCUCUGGACCUGCUCUACGGCAUGGUCUCCAAGAAGAACUUGAUGGAGAUAGUAAAGAAGCUGAUGCUGCAUGUCGACAAAGCAGAAGGAACCACCUACAGAGACGAACUGCUCACAAAGAUUAUCGACAUCUGCAGCCAGAGCAACUACCAGUACAUCACAAAUUUUGAAUGGUACAUCAGUAUCCUGGUGGAGCUGACCCGAUUAGAGGGCACACGGCACGGCCACCUCAUCGCCUCUCAGAUGCUGGAUGUUGCUAUUCGAGUCAAAGCCAUCCGGGUCUUUGCUGUUGCCCAGAUGGCCACUCUGCUGGACAACGCCCACCUGUUGACAGGCAAUGUGCAGCGAAAGGGCAUCUGUGAAGUGUUGUAUGCUGCAGCCUGGAUCUGCGGUGAAUUCUCUGAGCAUUUGGAGAACCCAAUGCAGACACUUGAGGCCAUGUUGCGACCAAAGGUGGCCACCCUGCCAGGCCACAUCCAAGCAGUGUAUGUGCAGAAUGCUGCCAAGCUGUUUGCUACUGUGCUGAAGAGCCAGGAGGGCAACACUGACAGCACAACAGCCCAGGAAACCAGCCAGCUGAUGAUAGACAGACUGCCGCUGUUUGUCCAGAGCGCCAACCUGGAGGUGCAGGAAAGGGCAUCUUGCAUCCUGCAGCUGGUCAAGUACAUACAGAAACUGCAGCAGAAGGAUGUAGAAGUAGCAGAAGAGGUCAACGCUCUGUUUGCUGGAGAGCUGAACCCUGUGGCCCCCAAGGCACAGAAGAAAGUGCCUGUUCCUGAAGGUCUGGACUUGGAUGCAUGGAUCAAUGAGCCUCCAUCUGAAAGUGAGUCUGAGGACGAGCAGCCCAAGGCUAUUUUUACCAAGGAGGAGCCCAAACACUCCCGCCCCCGCCACACAGAAGUGGAUGAGAAGGAGCUGGCAAGGCUGAAUCAACAUAGGAGAGAAGCAAGAAAGCAGGAGCAAGCCAACAACCCGUUCUACAUCAAGGCAUCGCCAUCCUCUCAGAAGGUUUACCAGGAAGCCCCUGGUGUUGAGCACAUCCCAGUUGUGCAGAUUGACCUCAGUGUGCCUCUCAAAGUCCCAGGUCUCCCUAUGUCUGACCAGUAUGUGAAACUAGAGGAGGAGCGCCGGCAGAAAGAGAGGGCAGAGAAGAAGAAAAAAGAGAAGAAGAAGAGGAAAGAAAAGCGCAGUGGACGAGGAAGGAAACAUGAUUCUGGCCCAGAGAGCGAGGAGGACAUCACGCCUGCGCACAUGGUCGACAUAGUUACAGAGGAGAUGCCAGAGAAUGCCUUACCCAGUGAUGAUGAUGAAAAAGACCCUAAUGACCCUCAUAGAGCCCUGGACAUCGACCUGGACAGGCCACUUGCAGACAGUGAGAAGCUACCCGUCAGGGCACACCGUGCAGCAGAGGCUCCAAAGAGCCCAGCAGAAGAUGGAGACGCUGAGAGUGCUGCUUCACUGGAGCCCAAAAAGAAAAGCAGCAAAGAAAAGAGAGAGAAGAAGAAGGAUAAAGACCGGGAUAGGAAGAAGAGCAAAGAAGAGAAGAAGAAGAAGAAACACAAACAUGAAGAAAAGGAAGAGGAUCUUCUUGGAGGUCAGGCAGACGAGCCUGUGGUUCAAUCAGAAGAGACCAGUGAGGUGGCUGCGCCGCCCACCUCCACGAGUGCUGAGGUUUCGGAUCUGGAUUUCUGGCUCUCAAACGCUCCAGUGCCCUCUAACACCCAGGAAGCAGCAACAGUAGCAGCAGCAGAAGCAGAAGCAGAAGCAGCCCCCGUGCCUGAGGCGGCCCCUGCCGUUGCGCCAGACUCUGAGCCUGAUGAGCCCAAAGACACCGAGCUGGAGGAGUCUAAGUCCUCUAAACACAAGAAGAAAAAGCAGAAAAAGGAGAAAGAAGAGAAGGAGAAGAAAAAGAAGAAGAAGCAUCAUCACCAUCACCACCACAGUGACGGAGGAGGAGAGGAGUCUGUGCAGAACGGCACUGUGGAGGAGGAAGAGCCGCUGCCGCCCAUGUCCAAUUACUGCCUGCUGGCUGAAAACUCCUACAUCAAGAUGAUGAUGGAGGAUGCCGAUCAGGUGAAUGACAUCCAGGGAAACCUGCAGGAUGGCAGUCAGGUGGUGGUGUCUGUUAUAUUUGAAAACAAGUGUGAAAGCUUCCUCAAGUCCAUGGAGUUCAAUGUCCUUGAUUCACUCAACUCCAAGCUGCAGAGGCCAGAGGGGUCAGGUCCACACGACGGCCUCACAGUUCCCUUCCAACUUCCACCUGGAGUGUCCAAUGAGGCACGAUUUGUCUUCACUGUGCAGAGCAUUGUAAUGCCACAGAAACUUAAGGGAACCCUCACCUUCAUAGUAAAGAAUGAGGACUCCUCCACUCACGAGAAACUGGACUUUAAACUGCACUUUACCUGCACCUCCUACCUAAUCACUACUCCUUGUUACAGUGAUGCGUUUGCAAAGCUGUUGGAAUCAGGUGACCUGAAGGGCAGCUCUAUCAGACUGGAGGGGGUCAACAUGCCCUUCCACCACCUACUGGCUAGGAUCUGCUUCCACCACCAUUUCUCUGUUGUGGAGAGGAUCGACUCCUGUGCUUCCAUGUACAGCAGGUCUAUCCAGGGUCACCAUGUUUGUCUGCUGGUCAAAACUUCGGAUCAGACAGUGUCCAUUGACGCUAAAUGUGACGAGCCGACACUGCUUGGGAAUGUGCUGGAUGAGAUCAAGCAGACCUUCUCUCAGUGCUGAUUGUGUCCGACAGCCCUGGGGUGCGCCCCCCACGCCCCCCCCCUCCCUUGCUGAAACACAACAUAAUCAUGUUACGAAACACUUCGGCUGGCACCUCCAGUAUCGUCCUAUUUAUUAGUCCUCAGAUUCGCAAGACUUCUUUCCCUCCUUCUCUUCUUCUUCAGUGUCCCCACGCUCUUGUUCCUCUGCACUCUGAGCUCUGUGGUCACUCCCCGACAAUUGAUGUUGUUUUACAGACUCACUGUGUACAUGCACUGUCUGCUCUGCAAUGCAUCUUAAUUUUGACCUCUUGGUUUUCCAGCCCCAGCAGCCACGCUGCUCCUCCCUUAAUGACUCUGUUCUGAGCUCCUGUUUCUGGGUGCUCUGCUUCCUCUGUUCUUUGCUGUUCCUCUCUCCGCCCUCCACUCUGUCGGCAAUUCAGUCUGUGACAGUCAUGUAAUGUAAUGUUGACAACUGGACUUUUGCUGUUUAUGGUUUGAUUGUGUUUUUACUGUUUGGAAGGUUUUUUUGUCUCUGGUUUGUUUUUGUUUUUUUGUCUGAAGCCUAUCUGCGCCUUUGUCUUGCCCCCUUCUUUCCACUCACUUACCAUCAGUGUGCGUGCUGCUCGUCUGUGAAGACCUGGAAAAAAAGCAUUCGACUCUUUUUCAGACAGAUCCUAGCUGGAAAAAUUGGGACUCUAACCUUCUCACCUACCACUGACUGGGUGCCUGGAGACGACCAGAUGCUGAGCAACUGCAGUAAAGCAUGGUGCAAAGAUGAAACCAAAGCUACAUAUAAGGCAUGGGUUUUAGACUUCUUUCCAAGCCGUUGCCCUACUUGCCUCCUGGCAGGGCUCAGAGCAGAUCUGCUGGUGUUAGUUAAACAGAAUCCUUAUGUGGCACUACGGGUGAUUUGUACAGUAGAUCAGUGGUUUUGCUCUAUGCCUUAGCCGUGCAGUCUGACCUACUCCAGUGCACCAUGAGUUAUGUAGAGCCCCACCUCCAACCCCAGAAAAUCCACUCCCACGCUUAUACUGAAGUUUGACUCCCCUUUAAACUUCCAACAUAUCAUGUCCUUCAUGAAUCAAAUCAUUUAAAGACAGGAGAUCAUGAAAAUGAUUGAAUGAAUGUGUGGCACAAGAGAGGAAUUCAUGACAGUUAUAAAACAUUUAUAUUUCACAACAGAAGAGUUGUCUGUCAGGCCAAUGCCACCUUUCAUCAGCUCUUUCAAACGGUUUGGUUAGCUGUGUAGAAGGUGUUAUAUUUUGAAGAAACGUAUUAAUCUGAAUCUGCUAUGUUGCUGAUGGCCCUUUAUUCGUAUGAUCACAGUCAAGUUAAAGACAAUGAUUUGGCACAAAGAGGGCUGGCUUUGUCACGCCGCUCUAUGAGAAAGUAAGAAAAAUAACUAAGGGACGACAAAUGUUACACUAUCAAUCUGUCUAUAGGUUUAAAACCGCUCUGCAUACCAGAGUACUGAAGUUGCAGGAAGAGUUUAUAAAUGGUUAGUGGUCUGAGGUUCCCUUUUAAAUCAGUAUUAGGUUAUGUGGCUUCUACUGCAAUGAGACAUCUCUCUAUUUAUUGCGACAUCAUAAAACAAUAUUGCCUGUGCCACUUGAACAGUAGCUGCACUCGCACUGGCUGACACCCAGCUGGUGUGAACCCAGAUAAACCCCAGUGUUCCUCCCCCCCUUCAAAAACUGCCUUGCCUUUGUUUUUUUGUGCUUUGACAUGUAAGGAUGAACAUAAAUGGCCAUUUUGUAAAGACUGGCUACAUUUUAGAGCUCUCUCUCUCUCUGAGGUACGUGAUGUUUUUAGUUUGUAUCAUUCAUGUCUGAAGUCACUACCCAGUCCAGCACGACUUCUCCUAGUAGUAGCAAGAUUAAACUGAUUUGGUAGCGUCUCUGAUCAUAUUUUCUGGUAAGGCCAUCUUUACUUCUGUCUGCUAUUGUAGAUACCUAUGAUGACGAUGUUUGCGACCUGAAGUGCAGGUCAGCCAUUCCGUGAGAUCUUCUGUCCAGUAGUAGAGUAUAAAUGAAGACAUGAUCAGCUGUGUUUCAGGAAUGUCAGUAGAAAACGAGUAUGUAUGUAUUCCCUGCUCCUGAAAAUGACUGAUAUAAGUGAAACUGAAAAACAAAUCUCCCAAUCAUAUGUUGUCCGAAUUCUGAUCAUUUUUCUUGUGCAUAAUAAUUGAUUAAAAUUUGUAUAUUGCAUGAUUAGGAAUGUACAAUUUUUAUUUCCCUUCUGACAUGCUUACACAAACAAGAACUUGUCAUUCCAUUUGUCCUUUUCUUUAUUACUUUUUUUUAUGAAGUUUACUUGACCAUUCUCUAUUUUUGAUGGUAUUGUGUUUUUAACUUCUUAGUUCAAACAAUAUAAAAAAAAAGAGAUAUUAUUGAAUGUUUUAAAUUAUUAUUCACAGGGGAAGGAAGGGGUUUCUAUUUGGUGUCAUGACACUGAGGGCAUGGGGCUUCAAAAACAUAAGUUGAGUAGAACAGACCAAGAGAAGCAGUGUACUGAGAGGCAACCCAUUCUGUCUUAAUUCUUGGUUCAGUUGUAGUGAGUUCUUUUACCAAGUUUGGCUUGUGACAUUGAAAUAUACUCUCAAAUGACUGAUUUCUGAAGGUCCUGUCUUUUUAUUUCUCCAUAUUCAAUUAUCAAACUGUACAAUGUAUAAUGUUUUAAAGGGGACAACCUAAAGUAUCUACAUUCCCUUUCAAGAAAGUCCACUGAAUUAAAAUAAAGGCUGUAAAACGCU